AUGGCUACUAGUCACUCAGAACACUACAUUGGCAUCGAUGUGGGCACAGGCUCUGCCCGAGCCUGCAUCAUCGACGCCACUGGAGAGAUCAAGGCAUUGGCUGCCCAGGACAUCAAGCUGUGGCAGCCAGUCAAGGGUGAAGCUGCACACUAUGAACAAUCCACCACAGACAUAUGGAAUGCAAUCUGUUACUGUGUGCAGAAAGUCGUAUCGGAUUCUCUCGUCCCUCCCACCAGCAUCAAAGGCAUCGGUUUUGAUGCAACCUGCUCUCUCGCUGUUUUCUCACACGACACCGACGAGCCCGUCCCUGUGACCGGUCCAGACUUUGCCAACGAUGGCAACGACCGAAAUGUGAUCCUGUGGCUCGACCACCGGCCCCUGGAGGAGACCCAGAAGAUCAACCAGACCAAGCACAACCUCCUCCGCUAUGUCGGCGGCACGAUGAGCGUGGAGAUGGAGAUGCCCAAGGUUCUGUGGCUCAAGAACAACAUGCCGCCAGAGCUGUUCAACCGCUGCAAGUUCUACGACCUGGCCGAUGCCCUGACCCACCUGGCCACCGGCAACGAGACGAGAAGCUACUGCAGCACGGUGUGCAAGCAGGGAUACGUCCCUGUCGGCGUCGACGGCAGCGUCAAGGGCUGGCAGGAGGACUUCUACCACACCAUUGGCCUGGGAAAGCUGGUCGAGGAUAACUUCAAGCGCAUAGGCGGCGUCCACGGGGUGAACGGUACAUACCUGAGCGCGGGAGAGCUCGUGGGCAAGCUCUCUGAGAAGUCUGCCAAGCAACUCGGCCUACCGGCUGGAAUCUCUGUCGGAAGCGGUGUGAUCGAUGCGUACGCGGGCUGGAUCGGAACUGUGGGCGCUAAGGUCAAGCUCGGCCCCGACCUCCUCGACGAGUCCACCGCCAAGAACGACGUGAGCCAGGCUUUCACACGACUUGCCGCCGUGGCCGGCACCUCGACGUGCCACCUGGCCAUGUCGAAAGAACCUGUCUUCGUGCCUGGCGUCUGGGGUCCGUACCGAGACGUCCUCAUCCCUGACUACUGGAUGGCCGAGGGAGGACAGUCUGCGACGGGUGAGCUGCUCAAGUACAUGCUGGAGACGCACCCUGCCUACUGGGAAGUCCUCGCAAGCUCCAAGGCCCUGGGACAGAACAUAUACAACUUCCUGAACGAGCACCUGCGCGAGAUGGCCCACCAGGCGGGCGCUCCCUUCAUCGGCUACCUCACCCGCCACUACUUUUUCUAUGGCGACCUCUGGGGCAAUCGAUCGCCCAUUGCGGACCCCAACAUGCGCGGCGCCGUCAUCGGCAUGAGUAGCGACAAGACUCAGGACGGCCUGGCCUUGCUGUACUACUCGGUGAUGGAGUUUAUCGCCCUGCAGACGCGCCAGAUCAUCGAGACCAUGAACAAGUCCGGCCACAACAUCCUCAGCAUCUUCAUGUCCGGGAGCCAGUGCCAGAACGACAUCCUAAUGGACCUCAUAGCCACGGCAUGUAACAUGCCGGUGCUGGUCCCACGCUACGUCAACGCCGCCGUCGUCCACGGCGCCGCAAUGCUCGGAGCCAAGGCCGCCAGCGCCGACGAGAAGGGCCAGACCGAGCCGCUGUGGAACAUUAUGGACCGCAUGAGCAAGCCGGGCAAGACGGUACGGGCGGAUACAAACUCUGGGAAGAAGAAGCUGCUGGAUGUCAAGUAUGAGGUCUUUCUGGAGCAGUGCAAGACACAGCAGGAGUACAGGAAGAAGGUUGAUGCUGGCAAGAUGUCUCUUUUUGGUGGUGGCAGCGUUGCCUCUGGAGCUCCCAGCUCUGGCACAACACCCGCGCCUGCUGGAAGCCUGUUCGGCGGUGGCGGCGGCAGCGGCAAUACGGCCCCUGGUGCUACCAACGCGAAUGCGAACUCCUCGAUCGCGGCGGCGAACCCCCCGACCGGUGCCUUCUUCGACAGCCUCCUCGCCAAGAGCAAGCGACAGCAAGCCGAUGGCGACGACGCCAUGCUCGACGACCUGCCGCCCCUGCAGCUGGGCCUGGGUGACCUCCGACAGCGCCUGAAGAAGCUCGGCUCCCGCAAGCCCGACGGCGAUCGCAAUGUGGGAAGGAAUACACACUACCUCCUCGCCGCGUCGGGCAUCGAGCCCGGCUCUGCAGUUCGUGACCUGGGCUCGCUGGGCUUUCAGUCGUCGCGGCUGGACCGAUCUACGCACGCGGGCCCCCAGGGCGAGGUGGACGUCGAGACAUACCUGUCGAACCUUCAGAGCAAGACUACCCUGAGCAUGAUCGCGGAUGGCCUCGAGAGGUCUGUGAAGGACUUCGACGCGUUUCUCGAGGACAAUGUCACGAUGGAGUGGGAGGCACAGCGGCACCGGAUCUACCAGCACUUUGGCAUCACAGUCAAGCAGAACACAGGCCUCCCCGGCGGAAAGGAAACUGGUGGCUUUGGCUUUUCGAGGCGGAAAGGGCAGCGACCUCCGAGCCCUGGCAGGUCGACCCCAAGAGGCGGCAGUGCUUUUGGAAGAUCUGGCCUCGGCAAGUCUGUCAUCGGCACGCCCAGCAGGAUAGGGUCCCAUGCACCACAGUUCUCAGACGUUGGAGCGGCGAAUGGCGAUGGGUCUCUGGCCGGCAGCGGUGGCGUCGAUGACCGCUUCUCGCGGGACAAGCAGCUCAAGCUCGCCGACAAAGUCCACAACCUCAACGACGCCCGCCAACAAGGCCUGCCGUAUCCAAUCUUGAAAGAACUGGCAGAUGUAGCGGCAAGGUCUGGCGAGAAGCAUGCUGAGCACCUGGCUGACGCUUACACUGCACUGGUCGAGAUCGUCGGCGAGAAUCCUGAUGCCGAAGCCCCAGGCGCAGAUGCCACCGCCAGCGAGCGACAGUACGCGAGCUGGUAUCUGGAUCCCGAUGCAAACUCGCCACACAGAAUCGCUAUUCGAAAGCGCAUCCUGGCUGGUGCCAACAGGUUCCUGGAGAAGAAAUUCAUGGACGGUGUCGAGCAGCAGAUUGCAAAGAACCCAUACCAAGCUCAGCUCGGCGGGAGGCCUGAUGUUCUACACAAGAUCAAGGCCUACGUCCGACUUUUGCACCUCAACAAGCACCUCGCUCCAGAGAUUACAGACCUACAAUCUAUCAAGUCCGGCGAAGACCAGGAGUUUGUUUGGGCCAUCAUUUUCUACCUGCUGCGGUCGGGACACGUCACCGAGGCAGUUCAAUAUGUCAACGACAAUCAGAACCACUUCAGGUCAAUUGACCGGUCUUUCCCUGGUUUCAUCAACAGUUACGCCUCCACCGAGGACCGGCGACUGAAGAGACAACUCCAGGAUCGCUGUAAUACCGAAUACAGCCAGCGCAUCCGCAAUGCUCCCGAGAACACGGUCGAUCCUUACCGUGCUGCCUGCUACAUGAUUAUCGGACGCUGCGACUUGGCACACCGGAGCUUUGAAGGGUUUCAGGCCGACGUCAUCGACUGGCUCUGGCUUCAGUUCAAUCUUGCCCGCGAGGGCGAUCGGUCGGUGGAAAUUGCGGGUGAGGUGUAUGGUCUCGAACACGUGCAGGACACCAUCAAGAACAUUGGCCAGAAAUUCUUCCCCAAGAACAAUCUCGACGAGGCUAAGGGCAACUUCGGACUGUUCUUCUUCAUGCAGGUAUUGUCUGGCAUGUUUGAGCAGGCCGUUGCCUACCUGUACAACUUUGUGUACGUCGACGCGGUGCACUUUGCCAUCGCGCUGGAGUACUACGGCCUCCUUCGCGCGUCAGACGGCGUGACCAAUGACCUGCUGUCUCAUAGCACGCAGGGCCUGUCGCAGAUCGCCUUUGGAAGGAUGCUGGGGUACUACACCCGCGACUUUAGAGCCGCGAAUGUUGCUGCCGCUGUCGACUACAUCGUCCUGAUAUGCCUCAACCACGACGACCCGAGCGAGGAGAAGCGCAAGGAACAGGUACAGCUCUGCUACGAGGCUCUGCGGGAGCUGGUUCUGGAGACCAGAGAAUUCAGCAAGCUGAUUGGGGACAUACGGCCGGAUGGUCGGCGCCUCCCUGGCAUUAUUGAGAACCGCGGCCCGCUGCUGGGUCUGGAGGAGGAGAACGAUCUCAUCCGAAAUAUCACCCUCCAGGCAGCGCGGUUUGCCAACGAUAAUGGCCGGACGACGGAUGCCGUGCUGCUGUACCACCUCGCGGAAGACUACGACACAGUAGUCGUAAUCCUCAGCCUGGCCGUGAGCGAGGCCAUCUCCCUCGAGACCGGAAGUGAGCCCAUACGUCUGGAGCCCGUCAAGCCACGAGCCGAGGGCCACCAGGCAGCGGCCCAGCCAGGGAGCAGCCUCAGCCUCGCGUCGAUUGAUGACCCUGUGGAGCUGGCGAGGACGAUGAUGCAAAUGUACGAAAGCGACCGACAGUUCCGCCAGAAGAUACAAGACGUCAACCGCACAGCCUGCAAUGUUUUACUACAGAUGGCGCAGAUCAAGAGCCUUGUGGCGAGUGGCCAAUGGAUGGCCGGUCUUGAUCAAGUCAGGAACCUCGACAUACUCCCCCUCACAUCGAACGGCGACCCGACCACGAUCCGGGCCUACGCUGCCAAGUUUGCAGCACUGCCACAACCGGUGUCGGCCAAUGUGGGCAACCUCUUGAUGUGGACUGUUGUCUGCUGUACACAGCAGCGCGACAGGCUGCUCGCUGGACAGUACAGCGGAAAUGAGGGUACGUCUCGGGAGCUGCAGGUGCAGCUCAAGCAGAUGUGUCAGGACCUCACGGCAUACACCAGCCACCUCAGAUACCGGUUUCCCUCGAGCUUGUUAGAAGCGCUGGCGAGAGCUUCGGCGGACUGA